AUGUUGUGGAUCCACAGACAGAGCUCAGGAGACCUGGAGAAGAAGCUGAAGGAGGUGUUCAGUGAAAGGACCAGUCUGCUGCACCAGCUCUCCAAGACCUCCAAGGAACUGGACAGCCUCAAGGGGAACCUGCAGUCCUUAAAAAACGAUGAUUCUGUGGCCAAGAAGGACGUGCAAAGAAUCCUGGAGCUGAGCCACAAGCAGAGGGAUGAGAUGAAGUCCCUUCAGGCGGCGCUGCAGAAACAGUUGGAUGAAGCCAACGAGAGAGCGGACAAACAACAGGACACGAUAAAAUUCAUCAAAGUGGAGAUGGAGAAGAAGACUAAAAUCAUCAAAGAUCUACAACAAGAGAACAAAAGCCUGAAGAACAAGCUUCUCUCCGGGAACAAACUGUGUGACACUUACGCUGAAGAGUCCAAAAAGAUCCAGGCUCAGCUGAAGGAACUACGCUACGGGAAAAAGGAUUUAAUUUUUAAGGGACAGCAGCUGAUGGACCUGGAGCAGAAGCUGACCGCAGCCAAAGAAGAACUGGAGAAGACAGCUCUGGAUAAGGAGUCGCAGCUGAAGGCCUUGAAAGACACGGUCCACAUCUGCUUCUCGGCCGUCCUCCACAACAACAACCAGGCGGGCAGUUCACGCUUCCCCAGCCAUCCCAGCGCCCUCUUCAGAUACGCCCCCCUCCUCAACAGCUCGCGGGUCACCUUCCAGCAGCCGCACGCAAAGGACAUAUCCAAAAUCCAAAGAAUCGUCACAGGUUCCAAAUCAGCAGUGAGCACGGCGAGGCGAGAGGAGGCUGCCGUGACGCAGUGUCCCGGACAGGACGGAGGCGACUGCGGCCACAACCAGAGCGAGGCGGCAGGAGGGAGGAAAAAGCACACGGACACAGAGGAGAGGAGCGUGGAGUCGAGAGGAACGACCGCAGAGAAGCACCCGGAUGUGGAUCAGCAGACGGCCGACAAACACACAAAGACACACAAAUCCAACUGA